UGUGCGAGUUACCAUUGCAGUGGAGAAUAAUUCAUAGUUAAGAGUGUAGAGAGAUACCCUCAACCCCACACUGAUGUUUUCAUAUUGACAAGUGAGAAUGGAGAUUAUAUUUUCCUUUUAUUGUCAAGUAAAAAGGCGUAGGCUACAUGGCAAGUUAGAAUCCGAAUAUUAUCCGCAAAGACGAUAGCUACAACCCCUCCUCUCGCCCGCUUGUGCACAACGGACGCCAAGGUAACACAAUGUACACAGAUACAGGAACGAGAACAAUUCAUCAUUUUCUAAACCAAGCUGCGGAUCGAAGACCCGCGAAUUAAAGAUGCCCCCAGAAGGAGGGAAGUCAGAUAUGGAGAGGAUUGGAGUCUUCAAGGAAAUGGGAUACAUCUCCAUUGGAGACAAAUACACCCCUUUAAUUCAGCGUCCCUGCAAUGAGUCUGCUCAGAAGGGUAAACAAAUACUGACAGGUGGGGCCACCAAGAAAAAGUCAGGUUUACAAGUGGGCUACUUUGACACUCACUUUAAGCGGGUCUUUGAAAAAGAAGCCCUCACAGACCCUGUGAGGCUCGCCCGGCAACACAGGAGUCAGCAGUCCAAGAAGAACGUAGGCAGCGCCUUCCUCCCCAGCAAUGGAGAAAAGAAACCGUCAGGGGUUGGCAGCUACUACGGAACUCUGAGUGGUCCCAUCCAGGCCAUGAGUCCUAUGAAGGUCCCCAGGAAGCCGUGCAAACCAUCAGGAAAGAACAUCCUCACCAACCCACCCAAGAGGGGAAGUGGAUACAGCUAUCCGAAUGUCACCCUGUCCAAAGUUGUCCCUUACUCCUCAGACCCCUAUGACAGAGCAAAUGAGAUGUUGAAGAAAGAGACAGUAAGCCAUAAAGCUAUGCUGAAAGGUGGUGCUUUCCACUUGAACCUCCACCCAAAGGAAUGUUUCGACAACAACCCAUACAAACUGGACAAGCCUCUGCCACCUCUGAAGAGAUUGGAGGAGAAGAAGAGAUUUGUGGUUCCCUUCAAACCCAGCUCACCAAACAAAACAAUUGGCGGCAUGAAAGCAGGUACGUUUGACCUUUACCCCUCUCACUCUGCUGACCCCUACAUCACCCGGAGAUCCAAAUCUGUGACCGUGAAUAAGGAAGGAAAGGUAUUCCACCCAUCUCCCGGACCAAAGAGCACCCCUGUGAAGAGCAUCAUCAGUGUUAACGUGAACAGGUCUGUGCAUUUCCCAGUCCACUGGUCUCAAGCCGUGGGGUAAACGGUGAUGACAUCGUGUCCCUCUGGAGGUAUCGUCCGGGCGCGGGCGUGGGUCUCGCAGUACAGCUGCCCCUCCACAAAGACGUAGCCCCUCUGCUUCAGGUUGACUUUGCAGUCGGAGCACACGAAACAUCCAGGGUGGCGGAACUUUUCUCUGGCCUUCACCACUGUGCCUCUGCAGGGGACAAGAGAGAGUUUACUGUCUUACUGUGGGAGCAGGGGACAAGAGAGUGUUGACUGUCUUACUGUGGGAGCAGGGGACAAGAGAAUUGACUGUCUUACUGUGGGAGCAGGGGACAAGAGAGAGUUGACUGUCUUACUGUGGGAGCAGGGGACAAGAGAGUGUUGACUGUCUUACUGUGGGAGCAGGGGACAAGAGAAUUGACUGUCUUACUGUGGGAGCAGGGGACAAGAGAGAGUUUACUCUCUUACUGUGGGAGCAGGGGACAAGAGUGUUGACUGUCUUACUGUGGGAGCAGAGGACAAGAGAGAGUUGACUGUCUUACUGUGGGAGCAGGGGACAAGAUUGUUGACUGUCUUACUGUGGGAGCAGGGGACAAGAGAGAGUUGACUGUCUUACUGUGGGACCAGGGGACAAGAGAGUGUUGACUGUCUUACUGUGGGACCAGGGGACAAGAGAGUUGACUGUCUUACUUUGCCUAACCUUGUCUAGCAGACUCUUCCUCCCAAUUCUCUGAAUUAUUGUUAUUAUGCACUGUGUGCAAUUAGCCUAGGCAGGAGGUUAUACUUUGCCAUCCAGAUAGAUUUAUGGAUCCAAAACCACCAUAGCUCUAACCAUACCCCACUUAGACCUUGGUCUUAUGCAACAGCAGAUGUGCCCCACCACAUCAAAAGUAUCAGAGGCAGGUAUAUUCCCUUACUCAUCCUUUCAUGUACUUCUUACUUUCAUCCCCCAAAACCAAAAGAUGAGAGAGGACAGAUCUGGCAAGGUAGACGCUGUCAUCUUGUGUUUCCUCACCGCAAAAACAUUCCUGCCAUGGUUUCUCAUUACCUGCCUGUUCACAUGUGUAUAAUGUAGCGGAGGUCCUUCGUGGUUUAUUAAUACAUUCUUCUUGGUUUAGUCAUUAUCCAGAACAUGAAGAGGGCAGAAUCAGACAGGUCAUUGGGCGAGGGUAGGAUCAGACGGGUUAUUGGGCGAGUGUAGGAUCAGACGGGUCAUUGGGCGAGGGUAGGAUCAGACGGGUCAUUGGGCGAGGGUAGGAUCAGACGGGUCAUUGGGCGAGGGUAGGAUCAGACGGGUCAUUGGGCGAGGGUAGGAUCAGACGGGUCAUUGGGCGAGGGUAGGAUCAGACGGGUCAUUGGGCGAGGGUAUGAUCAGACGGGUCAUUGGGCGAGGGUAGGAUCAGACGGGUCAUUGGGCGAGGGUAUGAUCAGAUGGGUCAUUGGGCGAGGGUAGGAUCAGACGGGUCAUUGGGCGAGGGUAUGAUCAGACGGGUCAUUGGGUGUGGGUAGGAUCAGACGGGUCAUUGGGCGAGGGCAGGAUCAGACGGGUCAUUGGGCGAGGGUAGGAUCAGACGGGUCAUUGGGCGAGGGCAGGAUCAGACGGGUCAUUGGGCGAGGGUAGGAUCAGACGGGUCAUUGGGCGAAGGUAGGAUCAGACGGGUCAUUGGGCGAGGAUAGGAUCAGACGGGUCAUUGGGCGUGGGUAGGAUCAGAUGGGUCAUUGGGAAAGGGUAGGAUCAGUUGGGACAUUGGGCGAGGGCAGGAUCAGUUGGGACAUUGGGCGAGGACAGGAUCAGAUGAGUCAUUGGGCGUGGGCAGGAUCAGAUGAGUCAUUGGGCGAGGGCAGGGCAGGAUCAGAUGAGUUAUUGGGAGAGGGCAGGAUCAGAUGAGUCAUUGGGCGUGGGCAGGAUCAGACGGGUCAUUGGGCGAGGGUAGGAUCAGACGGGUCAUUGGGCGAGGGCAGGAUCAGACGGGUCAUUGGGCGAGGGUAGGAUCAGACGGGUCAUUGGGUGAAGGUAGGAUCAGACGGGUCAUUGGGCGAGGAUAGGAUCAGACGGGUCAUUGGGCGUGGGUAGGAUCAGACGGGUCAUUGGGCGAGGGUAGGAUCAGACGGGUCAUUGGGCGAGGAUAGGAUCAGACGGGUCAUUGGGCGAGGGUAGGAUCAGACGGGUCAUUGGGCGAGGGUAUGAUCAGACGGGUCAUUGGGCGAGGGUAGGAUCAGACGGGUCAUUGGGCGAGGGUAUGAUCAGAUGGGUCAUUGGGCGAGGGUAGGAUCAGACGGGUCAUUGGGCGAGGGUAUGAUCAGACGGGUCAUUGGGUGUGGGUAGGAUCAGACGGGUCAUUGGGCGAGGGCAGGAUCAGACGGGUCAUUGGGCGAGGGUAGGAUCAGACGGGUCAUUGGGCGAGGGCAGGAUCAGACGGGUCAUUGGGCGAGGGUAGGAUCAGACGGGUCAUUGGGCGAAGGUAGGAUCAGACGGGUCAUUGGGCGAGGAUAGGAUCAGACGGGUCAUUGGGCGUGGGUAGGAUCAGAUGGGUCAUUGGGAAAGGGUAGGAUCAGUUGGGACAUUGGGCGAGGGCAGGAUCAGUUGGGACAUUGGGCGAGGACAGGAUCAGAUGAGUCAUUGGGCGUGGGCAGGAUCAGAUGAGUCAUUGGGCGAGGGCAGGGCAGGAUCAGAUGAGUUAUUGGGAGAGGGCAGGAUCAGAUGAGUCAUUGGGCGUGGGCAGGAUCAGACGGGUCAUUGGGCGAGGGUAGGAUCAGACGGGUCAUUGGGCGAGGGCAGGAUCAGACGGGUCAUUGGGCGAGGGUAGGAUCAGACGGGUCAUUGGGUGAAGGUAGGAUCAGACGGGUCAUUGGGCGAGGAUAGGAUCAGACGGGUCAUUGGGCGAGGGUAGGAUCAGACGGGUCAUUGGGCGAGGAUAGGAUCAGACGGGUCAUUGGGCGAGGGUAGGAUCAGAUGGAUCAUUGGGAAAGGGUAGGAUCAGUUGGGACAUUGGGCGAGGGCAGGAUCAGUUGGGACAUUGGGCGAGGGCAGGAUCAGAUGAGUCAUUGGGCGUGGGCAGGAUCAGAUGAGUCAUUGGGCGAAGGCAGGGCAGGAUCAGAUGAGUCAUUGGGCGAGGGCAGGAUCAGAUGAGUCAUUGGGCGAGGGCAGGGCAGGAUCAGAUGAGUUAUUGGGAGAGGGCAGGAUCAGAUGAGUUAUUGGGAGAGGGCAGGAUCAGACGGGUCAUUGGGCGAGGGUAGGAUCAGACGGGUCAUUGGGCGAGGAUAGGAUCAGACGGGUCAUUGGGCGAGGGUAGGAUCAGAUGGGUCAUUGGGAAAGGGUAGGAUCAGUUGGGACAUUGGGCGAAGGCAGGAUCAGAUGAGUCAUUGGGCGAGGGCAGGAUCAGAUGAGUCAUUGGGCGAGGGCAGGGCAGGAUCAGAUGAGUCAUUGGGUGAGGGCAGGAUCAGAUGAGUCAUUGGGCAAGGGCAGGGCAGGAUCAGAUGAGUCAUUGGGCGAGGGCAGGAUCAGAUGAGUCAUUGGGCGAGGGCAGGGCAGGAUCAGAUGAGUUAUUGGGAGAGGGCAGGAUCAGAUGAGUCAUUGGGAGAGGGCAGGAUCAGAUGAGUCAUUGGGCGAGGGCAGGGCAGGAUCAGAUGAGUCAUUGGGAGAGGGCAGCACCAUGGCACUCCAGUGCCUUAUUUCCUGUCAGCCUGGGUAGUGGGUACUCACACUAUGCCGUUUCCACACUUGUCACAGAGGGGUAGUUUCUGUAGCGAUCCCGCAGGUGUAGGAGGCUUUGUCACUGGAGCUCUUACACUUCUAGUAAUCAACGGCUUUGCUCCUAUUAAUGCACAAAACAUUGGUUUACUGUGGUGUUAAGGUGUCAAUCCCUGCUACGUGUAAUCCGUUUCUACCCAACCCUGCUCAUUCUACCUUUUAUCAAUAAAUAAUUACUCAAACGUG